AGGGACAGUGUCUGAUAGAAGCAAAGUUCCUGUUUCCUGCCGGAAUGUUUCAACCCUCCCACCGCAGCUUAAACCCCACCGGAACUAAACAUGUCGAGUCUGCACAAGACCAAGUGAGUGAGCUCUGGGGGUCUGGGACUGGGGGGGGGGGAUUUAACUGUUAGAGAAUUGUGCUGUCCCUUUAACAUCUUUCUAAUAUUGCAAGUAUGAAAGAAAUACAUAAUAUAGCUUUAGUUAUAGAGUGCUGUUAGCAAGGGUUAAUUCAUUGUAUCACUGUGUCAUUAGUGGGCUGGGGGAAUAAUUAUAUAUCAUUACAGUAAUCUGCAGUGUCAGGUUGGGGGUAUAUUACUACCAGCAUUAUAUAUUGUUUGUAGGAGGUGUGGGUUAAAAUUGAAUCUAGAAUUUGGAAUGUUUGUGGAUGGUAGUAGGUUGCUAAGUAAAUAGAUAUUUUGUAGUUAGUAUGUAUCCAAUGCCAGGCUGGUUGGUUGAUCUGUUCAUUUUGUAGAAUUGUGAGAGAUUCUGUUUAACCCUUUAAGAACAUUGCAGAAGUUGAUAAUGAAAGGGUUACACAGUGAGUAUAAAAUGAAAAAAAGUCUGUAAUCAUUUUGAUAUGAUCAUUUGCAAUGUAUAAUCAGGCCAACUAAUCCCACAGCUCCGAAGAAUUUAAUUGAGGUGAUGAUUUAUUUUUAGAGCAUACAUUGUAUAUUAAGAUAUCUCAUUAUAAGAUUAAUUGAGAACCCUCAAUUAAUCAAUGGAUUGGCAGUCUUACCACUUUAGCACUGUUACACACAUAGGGUUAUUCACUAGACUCUGAAUUGUAGCUAAUUAAAGGAGCAAUUUGUGUAGUCUAAGUUUGACCAAAUACAUUUCCUGUUAAUCAAUACCAGAGCUAUUCAGUUCUCCUUUUCAAUCUUACCUGUGUGGGUAAAACCAGGAAUUUAUUUCGGAUGAACCAGCUCAAAUACAUUUUUGAGGAAGUUUACUGGUCAUACUCACAAUUCUGUAAUUGUUCAAUAAUGGGAUAAGUAAACAUAAUCUUAAAUAUACUAGGAUGUGACCGUUCCCCUUUUAUCUGAGCUCUCAACAUAUCCUUUAAAGGGAAACUACAGGAAUCAAGACCAGUUAAUCUCAAUGAAGUGGUCUGGGUGCCAUGUCCUUGUCUGUUUAACCCUGCAACUGAGCACAUGUGCCGUUCUGUAGGAAGGGCAAUGUUUCCAUUGCAGGGUUAACAUGCAUCACGCGGCAGUCUUCCUGAGAACCAAUAGUUGCUUCCGCACUGGUAGUUAAACUCAGCUCUCAAAGUGACCAUUUAGCAUCGUGUUUUGCCAUGCAUGCGCACUGGCUUGCCAAUGUUUCCCUAAGGUGAAAAUUUGGAUUGCCAGAGAUCAUCUACAGUGAUGAUCUCAGAUAAAGAGGCGGAGCAACAGGAAGGAGGCCAGUAAUACUUGCCCUUCAAACCCUCACACUGUGGAACCUAAAUAGGUUUUAGGACACUAUAGUGUUAGGAAUACACAUUUACAUUCCAGUUGCUCUACUAUUCCUUUAUCCCCUGUUCACCAGUUGCUUAUUUCAUCUUAUGAUAUGAAUAAAACCACUUCUUUAGAUACUAGAGGCCUUUAUAUCCCUUCUACUGAAUAACUCCAUAUUUUACUUUUUUGAUAAUGGAUCUAGUCAAAAGCAUUGGGGACUUUUGUCUUGUUUCUCUCUCUCUCUAGCCCCCCCUCUCCCUCUGCAGUUGAAAGCAUGGGAAUGAAGGGAGACAGACAGAUUUAGGAGUUCCCCAUAAGCUAUGCAAAGUGCAUACAUUAUUACAGCGAGCAUGUCAAUGUAACGUGCAUUGUGUAGGCGAUGAAUGAAUAAUGGGUUUGUGUAAGUCACAUUUACUAGAAUAGAGUUGUGUGGUAUCUUCUGACCACACUAUGGAAUAAAAACUAUCUCAGUUUGCAAGUGUGAGUCACACCAGGCUCUCCCAAUAAAUUAUUUACAGUGUAGACUUGAGAUAAUAACAAAGUCUAACUUGUACUGCUUUCUUUAAAGGAACACCCUUUUGAUAUGUUCCUUCGAAAUUUGCAUUACUGCCCUCUGUUUUUUUUGUAACUAAACACACUAUAAAAACUUAAAUACUGGAACAGACUCCUCACUGCAGACAAUCUUCUUCCAAUGGAGUCCUCAAUUUUGGUGACUUUUGUCCAUUUAAAAGUCAUCACAACACACACUAACAACGCAAAGCGCACGUGUGGCCUUUGCUGUGUUCCAACAAUUCACUUCUUCUCACAAGGAAGUAUUGAAUUUCUACAAGUAUCAUUAGCUGCGGUCGAUGAUGUCAUGCUCUGCGCGAUGAUGAAAGUUGUUCGAAAUUCAAAGGAGGAGAAAGCACCUCAAGUGGCUGCCUGGUUAACUAGAAGGGUGUUUUGGCCAAAUAUAGACAUUGACGUUUUUCAAUGUACGAGAAAAGAGACGGCAUGUAUGCACCAAAACCACUUCAUUAAGAUGCCAGAUGCCACCAUGUGUACCAGUAUCUGUAUGAACACUGUUAAUGCGACAUGUCUAUUUAAUUUCUCCAGGAUUGCAGAGUUCCAGAGUAUUCUCAGUGAGCCGCUGAUUAAUCUAUCUGUGCUACGAAAGCUCUGUUUUAAUGGUAAGCCAUGCUUUGUCUUGCCGCUGCACUUUGCCUGUGCUUCUAAACUUUGGUCUGCAUGCAAAAAUAAAUAAAUAAAACUCUUAGAAAUAAUUACCUUGUCAAGAUGUUUACAGUUUAAAAGGUGAUGCUCGAAAAAGUAAUUCAUUAUUAAAACUGGAGAAUUUUUACAGAUCUAAAAAACUUAAGAAAAAAAUGUAAAAUUUUACUUAAAAUCUACACUGAAUUGUAAGUAAUUGAAAACGAAAUUGCUAAAUUAAUGCAUAAAUAGCUAAUUUGUAGAAAAAAAAAAAUCUUGCUGCAAUACUAUUUUCUUAGUAACUUGUUUUUUAGUUUGCUACAGGUCAGUGUUACCUUCGGCACUACCGAUGUUCUGGACUUCAUCUCCCCUAAUGCUCUGCCAGCAUUCUGGAUGUGAGAACAUUAAGGGAGAUGUAGUCCACAUCAUCUGGAAUGUUGAAAGUUGCCUAUCCAUUAAUAUUCGUUUUGGUACCAUAUUAGGUUUACUUAUUUGUCAGUAGCCUCAAUAUACUGGACUUUGCUUUCCUAAGACUGUUUACGAUGCAAUUACCGUAUCAUAGCUUGUUUCAAAGUAAUAUAAUAUUAUAAUAUGUGCAUAUUUUAAACGAUUUUCUGAUUGCAAAUGGUUAACCAUUUUAUUAUUAUUUUAUGACUUUUUUUUUUUUUUUUUAUAAACAUUAGUCAGACCAUGUGGGUGUAAUUGGUGGAAGUGAUUUAUGUUUUUUAUAGUAUAUGUAACAAUUCCAGCUUUAUAUCUUAACAGGAAUCCCAUUUGAAGGAGGUAUUCGAUGCUUAUGUUGGAAGGUGGGUGUCACAAUAACUCUUUCAAAUGUGCACAAUGUAAAUUUUUAGUCUUCUCUAAAAUAUAUAUCCUUUUCUUUCUUCUUUUUUCUAGAUAUUACUAAACUAUCUCCCCACAGAUCGAACACUAUGGGACUCGGUGCUGGCGAAACAGAGGUGAGAAGUCUAAUGUUUUGGAGGAAGAUUAUUCUAUAAAAAUGUAUGGUUAAAUGUCCAUCUCUGCUUCUUCUUGAAGAAAGAAGAUUUCACCUACAGCAGAGGAAAGAGUUAUUUUCAGUAGGAACACUAAGAAUUUGAUAUUCUCUGCCUAUAGCGAUUGGUUUUUAUCAGAUUUGGAGAUGUCUUGGAACUGCUGAUUGUGUCUUUCGGGUUAUGAAUGAUUUAUUUUUUAUGUAUUUUUUUCAUUUUUGCAGCAUGUUGCAAAUAGUUUUAAAUAGUGAUUUGUCCUUUUUUUUUUUUACUUAUUUUUUUUUUUUUUCACUUUUGUGGAUCUUUUAGCCUGUAACUUAGGGCCUGCAAUCAAGCGAUAUAAAUGUACAUUGCUGACCGUUAUCUCAACAAUCACUCUUUCAAUGUUUUCUUUAAUCACCCACAAAAAUAUUCUUCACGUGUCCCUACUCUGGUUUAGGUAUCCGCUUAAAGCGUUGCUAUCACAUCUUGAGUUUUUGCAUAACCGCUACUAUGGAGGCACUGAGGUGGGGACAGGGGAAGAGAGGUAUACUUACUUGAAGCACCUCCUCAUUGGUGACACCAUUCUAGACUUCACCUACACGUUCAGCUCCUGGUAGAUGAAGAUUCCAGGCUAAUCACUCCACACUCUCAUUGCCUAUGAGAGAGUCCAAAACAGAUUCCCGUGCGCAUGCUCGGUGAUAAGCCAUAAGCAUGGUUUGUGCAUCAUGCAAGACGAUAUCUGUUCCCUAAAAGAUGUCAUGAGUGGCAAGUUGUAGGAAACCAUAUUGUAGGCAAGCGUGAUUUCAAUAGAACCUUUUUCCACAUUUUAUAACAAAUCAAAUAUGGGCUUAAAACAAAGUAGUUUUAUGUGUAUCUUCUGAUUGAGUUGAAAUUUUAAUGAAAUUCCAAAGCGAUUUUGUAAAUUUUUUUAUUUUUUUGUCCUCUGUUUCUCACAGUCCUGAUUGUUCCGCCCCAUUCUCCCAACCAUGUUUUCCCUUUCUGGUGCUACUUCCUGUCAGUUUCCGGUUCGAGUUAUGAUAUCUCGAGGUUCCGAACUGACUCGUCUCUAUUUCCUCUUUGGCAAUAUAUUCAGUUAUUUACCUUUUAGAUGCUGAUGUUGCAUAAAUCGCACUCUCUGAUUGUUUCUGCGGCCUCUGUUUUCUGUCCCCUCUAUAUAAAUUGAGCAAUUAAUAAAAAAAUAAAAUAAAGGUUUUAAAAGUGACGCAGUUAAUGGCUUAUUCAAUAAAUGAGAAAUUGUCACUAAGUUUUCUCCAACACUGCUAGUCACUGUUUUUUUCAAAAAUGUUUUUAAAGGGACAAUCUAAAGACCAAAGUAACUUCAGCUUAAUUAAUUGGUUUUGGUGUAUAGAUCAUGCACCUGCAGUGUCACUGCUCAAUUCUCUGCCAUUUAGGAGUUAACUCACUUUGUUUAUGCAGUCCUAGUCAUAACUGUUGAGACUCCUACAGAUUCCCUGCACACUUCCAGAAAACAACCUUAAUUUGCUUAGUUUCCCUUAUUGCAAGAGUGUAUAGAAUCUCUUACCUCCUGCUCUGUUGAUUACCAGCAACAGCCUCUUGUGUGAUUAAAGUUCAAUUAACAGAGCAGGAGAGAUAAUAAUGUCUAAAUUAAACACAUUAGGCUGUUGCGUCACAGUGGAGAACUGUGGCGUGGGCUGCAUAAGCAAAGGGUUCCAACUCCUAAAUGGCAGAGAAUUGAACAGUCAGACUGCAGGGGCAUGUUCUAUACUCCAAAACUGCUUCAUUAAGCUAAAGUUGUUUUGGUGCAUAUAGUGUCCCUUUAAAUAUUGCAUUCCAAUAUAACGCCCACAGGGUGAAAAUACUUGCUGUUCAUGUUAGAUAAAAAAAAGAGGAAGGAUUUUUAAGAUCAAGAUAAAACAAAAAAUUGUAACUGAUAACAAGUUACACUGCGAUAACCAGUACUGGUUCCAUUUUAUACAACUUUUUUUUUUAAAUUCUGUACUGGAACUGCGCAGAUAUUAUUUCCACUAGAUUAUAAGACUCUUUCUCACUGCAAAACUGAAUUUUAUUUUAUUUUAAAUAUAAUAGAUUUUUACAUCCGUAGAGUUCAUUUAUUUCAAAGCAGAUCUGCUGUUUUGUUUGUUUAAUCUUUUCAUUAUGCAAUUCUUGUAAUUCCAUUUAUGUUUCCUUUGUUUGAGGCCAUCUCACAAUUCACAGUUAAGUCAAGAAUUGUCAGUAGUUCAAAAUGAAGUUCAAAUUAAGGAACGACUGUAUUCCUAAGUCUGUCCUAUCUUUUCCAGUUAAAACCUGAAAAAAAAAAAAAAGUUUUUAUGUUUACCUGCCUUUAUUUUAGCGUUGAGGAUCCCAUGGCACUGCCAUCCACUCCGCCUCCCGUGACAUCAUUCGGCAUUUAAGCCAGUGGCCAAUCCAAUGCUCCGCACAGAGGAGUGUUGAAACUGAUGUGCAUGCAUAUUUGAAUGCUCCUCACGGAAAAGCAUUGCGACAGCCACUAGACCAGACGUUAACCCUUUUAACCUUGCAAUGUAUAUUUUGGCUAUUUUGUCAGUGACCGUUCUCACUACAGUGAAUAGCCAUGUGAGUGUAACUUGAAUGCUGGUUGACCUCAGACACCUGUCUCAUUUCACCCAGGGUAAGACAACCAGCAUUCUGAUAUUGCAGUCAAAACAUAGAGAAGCUCAUUAGGUUUCGUAGGUUAGGUUGCAUAUUUUUUUGCCUUGUUUUGUUUUUUAGACCACCAGGCUUCUGCACGUGUGAAUUCAUAGUGGGUUUUGAAUUCUCGCCCAAAGUAUCCCAAUUAGAAAAGUCUCCAGGUCAUUUUGUUAUUUUACAUUCACAUCGAAUUCCAGAAAAUUCCCACUUAAGUGACUAUCCAAAUGAGGUUUAUGCAAUAAAUUUGAAUCAAAUUGAAAUCCAGAUGGCAAAAUUUAGGCUGGCAUAACUGAUGUCUAUUUGAGCCUACAUUUUGCGAUAUUUCUUUUCAGUACAAUUUAAGUUUUCUUAAAACAUUUAAAAAAAAAUUUUUUUAUAAUGCUUUAAUUUUAUUGCAAAUGAUCAUUACAAUGAUUGUAUUGCCACAACAGCAUGAACAAGCCUUAUUCCAUCAUACAUUUUGAAACAAUAACAUGGCAAGCGAAGGGGCUGCACUUAUUAAAAAUAUAACAUGAAAGAACAGUUGAGCAUAAACAUGUGCAGCGAAGUUUGUCAGAGGUAGCAUAACAUGUCAUAAGGAACACCGCAUUUGUUGAAGAAAAUAAUUAAAUAUCAUCAACACAAUUCUAUGUGGGUGGUCAAAGAAUAAAUUAUUUACGCUAUAACAUAGAACCCCCUCAGCUGGUCCACGGGGAUGCGGUGGGAGGGCGAGAGAGGGCCCAAGUGAGACCGGAACCAAAUCUUGGCUGAGGAUCGCUGCGUCCUCUGCUUUCAAUCUGCCUUGUAGGCCUCAGGACAGUCUGGCACGGGCACAGACUCUCAGAACCUGGGUCAGGUACUCAGCAGGUAUUCCUCUAGUAGUUAUAGUUCUAUCAGGCUAAAGAGAGGGUAACUUUGUUGGCAAAUCAACUGUAUUACAGGCUAAAUCCGAGGAGCCCCAGCCAUGUGCGACCUACUCGGUUGGCUGCAAGGCCCUGCCCUCCCUCCUCCCCCCCCCAAGUUAUUAUUUUUUAUUUUAUUUUUUUAAUACCGAUGUGUUUACCAGGAAUAGAAUCACUGUGACUCCAAAUGUUGUAUGAAGGAACUUUGUUGCGUUUUGUUGAUGGGUUUUAUGUGAUUCCUGAUUCUUCUUCUUUCAGAGACACCUACUCCCACUUCUUGAAAGAGAUGAUCAUCCAACCUGGAAUCGCCAAAGUCAAGUUUGGAAUAUCCAGAGAGGAUGUAACUUUAGAAGAUCACGUAAGUGGAGAUCUGUGUGGCCACACUCUUUCCUCCACGGUUAUUUUUGUAUAAAGUUUGAGUUGGUUGUCCAGAGAGUUAUGUAAAAGAUCUUUCACAUCCUUUUGGAAAUUACUCCCCUCUGAGUCCAGGCUUUUAGUAACAGGACAGGAGAGAUGAAUUAAAUGGAAUCCCACCAGAUAUUCCAGCCCCUAUCAAUGUACCUUUCAACUCUGUAGCAUUACUAACUGCUGAAGUUUAAGAUUUUCUGCAAGAGUUUACAGACCUAAUUAUGAACUUAUCAUAACUUGCUGAUUAGUAAAAUAAACCCAUCAGUGUGUCUAUACCUUAAAUAGUUUGACACUGCUCAGAAAUCCUCUUCUAGAUUCUUUUAAUUGUGGAUGUUCAUCCCCUGGCAGCUCUUUUAUUCAUCAAAUAGUAUGAAUGGAGUGGCUGAAUAAUUUGUGAGAAGCCAUACCUGAGGCAUCAUAAACAUAUUCUUCUUAAUUUUGUGAAUUGGGUAUAACAGAACAUUUGCACAAAUAAUUAAAAUCACAUAUGUGAACCUGCAGCUCAAGAAAACCGUGAAAGCUGUUGAUGAGAGGUAGGAACGGCAAGCUGUAUAAAAAAUGGACCUCAAAGUAGGAAGUGUAACAUUUUCCUUUGACAUCAAAAUGGAUAAGGGUCAGGUGUAUAGCUGCCUAAUUUUUGCAAAUUGCUGCAGUUACAAACUUAUGUGGACAGUAGACCUUCUUGCUUCAUAAUCUAUUUAAUUGUGCUAUUGAGAGUGCUUACAGAUUCAUGUUAAAUGAACACCAUAGGCACCAAAACAACUUAAUGGAGCAGUUUUGGUGUAUAGAUCAUGCUCCAUGCAGUCUCACUGCUCAAGUCGCUGCCAUUUAGGAGUUAAAUCCAUUUUCUCUCUGUUACAGCAGCCCUAGCCACACCUGAUACAGGCUGUAUGAAAAAAAUUGUUUAAUUUUCAAUCCAAUGUUUACUUGCUUUAGAAGCUUUAAUCUCCUGCUCUGUAAAUUGAACUUUAAAGGAACACUAUAGGGUCAGGAACACAAACCUGUAUUCCUGGCCCUAUAGUGUUUAAACCACAAUCUAGCCCCCCCUGGCCCCUCUUGCCUGCCUAAAUAUAGUAAAUUCUUACUUGUAUUCAAGUUUGGAGCUGCUAGCUCUGGCCCUGACCUGCCUCUGUCUGCUGACAUCAUCCCAAGUGGUGGCCUGAGCCAAUCACCAUCGGAUUGGCUGACACUGUGAAGGAGGCAGAUCAGGGGCAGAGCCAGCACAAUUCAAACAGUCCUGGCCAAUCAGCAUCUGCUCAUAGAGAUGUAUUGAAUCAAUGCAUCUCUAUGAAGAAAGUUCAGUGUCUGCAUGCAGAGGGUGGAGAUACUGAAUGUGUGGAUGCAUUUUAGGCAGCAAUGACCCAGGAAGGAUCUCUAGCAGCCAUCUGAGCAGUGGCCAGCGACGUUAUCACUAGGCUGUAAUGUAAACACUGCAUUUUCUCUGAAAAGACCGUGUUUACAGCAAAAAGCUUGAAGGGAAUGAUUCUACUCACCAGAACACAUGCAAUAAACUGUAGUUGUUCUGGGGACUAUAGUGUCCCUUUAAUUACAUACAGGAGGCUCCUGCAGGGUUUGGACGGCUAUUAACAGAGCAGAAGAUAAGAAAUUCUAAAUUAAACAGAAUGUGCAAUAUAGGAAGUUUAAACAUUAAAUCUCUCUUUCCAGGGAGUGUUUAGGAAGGCUAUUCAAGUCACAUGCAGGAAGGUGUGACUAAGGCUGUGUAAACUCCUACAUGGCAGAGAAUUGAGCAGUGGGACUGAAGGGGUUAUGAUCUGUACAGCAAAACUGAUCCAUUAAGCUAAAGUUGUUUUGGUAUCUAUAGUGUCCUUUUAAAUAAGAUUAUGUAAUAUCGCUGAUGGAUUGAGAAGGAGACCAAUCUCCCUAACCUUUGGUAAAAUCGAAUAUGCUAUAAUAAAAUGUAAUGCUAUAAUAAAAAAUGCAUGUUUGCCUGUACUAUUUACUACUGUAUUUCUUUUCUGUUUUUUCCCUUUUUUAAAUCUCUCCCAGCCGCUGAAUCCAAACCCAGACAGUCGAUGGAACACAUAUUUUAAAGAUAAUGAAGUGUUGCUACAGAUAGACAAGGAUGUCAGGUAACUUUUUUAGGGUGAUCAUUUUCUGUAAAAAGAAUGUAGCCAGACCAAAGGGACAUAACCUAAAGUUCGCAAGAGGGAAACUUCUAAAAAAAAAAAUAAAAAAAAAAAAAAAAAAUAUUUUUUUUCAUUUAUUUACUUUUGUUGAUGCAUAGGUUAGCCUUUCAGCAGAGUUGGUAGAGACUAAAAUAAUGAAAGAAGAUAAAAAAUGCUUGGGAUAGACGGUCUUUUAUGACUUAAGGGACUCCCAGCCUAUCACCAGCAACAAAUUUAACAAUUCCUUAUUAGUAUGGCAGCCUUGAGACCCUCCUUUGGUGUCAAGCUGUUCUAAAACCAUUUCAAACCUUAAUGUAAAACAACGCAGAGGGACUCUAAGCUCAAAAACAACUUUGUCAAGUCCCUUUUAAAGCCUUAGAUUUUAGAUGGUAAAUGACAACCUAAAUUCUUGUUAUUUAUUAAGUGCCAGCAUAUCUGUCAUUGCUGUACAAUAGGUUAAAGAAAUAUUCAAGUAUUUGAGCCAAAACAGGUUUGACAUACGAGGGCCAUGCUUAAGUCUUCUUACAUUCUGAGGUAUGUAUAACACAAAAGGUCUAUGUGAAGGUGCAGCAUACUCAAGCUGAUUGUUAAUAAUAAUAUAGAGAUAUAAAUAGUAGUAUUUGACAGAUGUAAAAGAGAAAUGACAGAGUUUGGCUCUAUUUCCGUGGCAGCCCCAGGAGGCAUUUAAACCCUGCAGUGUCAACACUGCCAUUCUAUGUUGAAAGAAUGCACCAUAGAGUGUAAGUAUCCAGGAGCUAAAGUAGAUAUAAAUGUAUGUAGAGAUAGGUAUAACCUUAAACAAAGAAAUUAGUGGUGGAAUAAAAGACAGGAAAUCACUUAAAUAAAUCACUUAAAUAAAUCAAUGGUAUUAAGCUUAAUAAAUAUUCAGUCCAAUAAAAGAGUCCAGAAUUCAACUGAUAGUCCCAAAUUGUUGAAGAUUACAUUGGAAUCCACAUUGCGUAUUAGAUCAUAAGGACGGUAUUUAUAGCAUAAGUAACCUAGACCCUGCUUGCGAGAACAACGCAGGGUUAAUAGUACUUAUGACAUUAAAAGGAACACUAUAGUCACCUAAAUUACUUUAGCUAAAUAAAGCAGUUUUAGUGUAUAGAUCAUUCCCCUGCAAUUUCACUGCUCAAUUCACUGUCAUUUAGGAGUUAAAUCACUUUGUUUCUGUUUAUGCAGCCCUAGCCACACCUCCCCUGGCUAUGAUUGACAGAGCCUGCAUGAAAAAAAAAAAACUGGUUUCACUUUCACUGGACUGCAGGUUUUAUCGUUAUUUUUAUUUGGUUUCUAAUGGACUACCUUCCUACCUCUUAUCAUUAUUUUUUAUAUUUGAAUGUAUUUUUAGUACCAUAAAUUCACUGUUUUAUCAAUCAACCCCUUUUUUCAAGUGACUACUCUUCAAAGAACUGUGAUAAUAUCACUAAUUCAAGCUUGUGAGCAAUGAGUUCCUUGUACUUAUUUGCUCUGGUUGAUAUACCUGGACUAUUACUUCAUCUUUUAUCCAUAAAAGUAUAUUAAGUCAUAAGUACUAUUAACCCUGCGUUGUUCUCGCAAGCAGGGUCUAGGUUACUUAUGCUAUAAAUACCGUCCUUAUGAUCUAAUACGCAAUGUGGAUUCCAAUGUAAUCUUCAACAAUUUGGGACUAUCAGCUGAAUUCUGGACUCUUUUAUUGGACUGAAUAUUUAUUAAGCUUAAUACCAUUGAUUUAUUUAAGUGAUUUAUUUAUGUGAUUUCCUGUCUUUUAUUCCACAACUAAUUUCUUUGUUUAAGGUUAUACCUAUCUCUACAUACAUAUAUAUCUACUUUAGCUCCUGGAUACUUACACUCUAUGGUGCAUUCUUUCAACUAUUUUUAUAGGAUUGGGAGAAAUCCUUUUUUCCAGUUUCAGAGCUAAUAGAUUUAUUGUUCUUAUUCCCUCUAAACCUUCCGCUGUAUUCACUUUUGUGGAUACCGGAAUUCUGUAACUGCCAUUCUAUGUAACUGCAAUGAUUUACACUGCAGGGUUAACAGGUGGACAUGGCACCCUGACCACUUUAUUAAGAUGAAGUGGUCUGGGUGCCCAUAGUGUCCCUUUAAUGAUAACAAUGACAGAAGUGUUGAGUAAGAGAGAAAUUAUCUAGCUAUUUCAUAUGCUUAAGAAAUAUUUUGUUUUUUUUCAGACACAGGUCAUUGGCCAAACAGAGGAACAGAAUAGUGAAGUCCAUAGCAGGCAGACACUAAGAUUUUAGAUAAAUAUUAUACUUGGCAUCUCUAGUUAACUACUGCUUAAUCUUUACAAAAAGGUCAGUGAAUCAGAGAAUCUUCUAUGUAAGCAUUAUCUUAAAGAGAUACAGUAAGUACCACAACCACUGCAGUGCACUGUAGUUGUUAUGGUGCCAGGAGUAUCCUGGUGCUUUCUGAUGAUAAACCGUCACUUUAAGAACUGUGUGACACUUAACUGGUGUCUAACUGUCUGGUGCCUGCAGUUUUUCUGAGCUGGUUUGGUUUUUUCUUCUGCAUUAUCCUAAAAAGUUGGAAGAUUAUUCAUUUGAUGAGACCGUCAGCUGACAUUCUUAGCCUGGGAAUAUUACCGCAGUGUGGUAUGGUAAUGCGUAAGAAUGAACUGCUGCUUUGUCAUAUCUGCCCAUGGGUGGCCAACAGAGACAGAUAAGUGACAAACCAUUCUUGGACAGUUUUACAGUUUACCAUUAGUCCAUGCCAGGUGAGUCUUGGAACCAUAACUACCACAAUGCACAUUGCUGGUUAGGGGGCAAAGAGUAUUCAUUUAAUAAAUAUAUUUACAGCCAUUUUCAUACACCAAUGUUCAUACAACUGGUUUUAGAAGAUAUGUGAAGGAAGUUGGAAGGUAUAAAACUAUUCAAUACCUCCUUAUUAAUCUAGACAUUUGUACAUCGCUGACAAAUAUUUGACAUUAAAUAGACUGGUAAAAAAAGAUUGUUUUGUUAGGACUUUGAUUUUUAUAAACCAGGCUUCGAGUAUUUGUAUCUCAUCAAAUGUUGGUUCAAAGCGGAUAAUAAACGGUCCACUAAUGGAUGUCCCCUAGACAGCCAAGGUUACAGUAGUGUUUUAGGGGAUUGGCAAAUGGUUUGUGCUUACUGCAAUCUUUAAAGGGACAUUCUAAGCACCCGAACCAUUACAGCUUAAUGUAGCGGUUCUGGGAAAAACAGACUGUCCCUGCAGACUCAGCAUUGUAAGCACUGCGUUUUCUCUUUGAGGAUGUGCUGAUUGGCAAAUUAAUAAAAGCUUUAUUUUGCUUAAAAAGGGGGGCCCUGAAUCUAAAUAGUUAAUAUAACACUCAAGCAUUAUGUAUACAUGUUUAUAUUCCGAACACUGGAGUGUUCCAUUAAAAUGUAGAUUUUAAUAUCUUUGUCAUUAAAUCCAUAUACCAUAGAACAGCUGCAGGCAAGCCUUGAGGGGGGCAUACCUUCUGUAGUUUAUUUUUUCUAAUAGAUUAACCCUUGUUAGUACUGCACAUAAUGUAAUAAUUUGAACAUACUUUGCUGAAAUUACUAUAAUAUUUUAUUGGUUACCUCCCCAAUGUACAGCUCCACCAUUUCCCAUACAAAGGGUAUAGAAAAAAACCUCAUACGUUCAGAGAUAAUUAGGGAUGAUGGGGAAUGGUGGACAUAUUUUCAGUAAGCUGAAACGAUCACUUCAAAUGCAAGGUCUACCAGAAGACAAGUUAACUACCUUUUGGGUCUACAGUUAGCCAUGUUCCUAUAUUUGUAUCUUGCAAAUAGCAAUGUUCUGAGAUCUGCUCCCGUCCGUCGUGGCACUAUGUUUAUAAUCUAGCGAUGCAGAAUCUAUUAGUGCUGUAUAAUCUUCAUUGUAAUGCUGACCUGGAAUGGUGAAUAUUUAUCUUAUGAAAUGACUGACCCAUAACUGGUGUGUUUGUAUUUAGUGCAUUCUCGUGCAGUUACUUCCAUCUUUCUCUUUUCUGAUAUACCAGGAGGCUUUGCCCUGAUUUUUCAUUUUUCAUCAAGGCUACGGAUUAUCCCUGUCUUUUGAUAAUGGAUCCCGAGAAUGAAUACGAGACUUUGCGAAAGCGCGUGGAACAGACCACGCUGAAGUCUCAGACUGUGGCACGGAACAGGAGUGGCCUCACUAAUGUAAGGAAGGGCUUUGUGUGUGUGUGUGUGUGUGUGUGUAUAAACCAUGGAAAUUAGAAGGAAUACAGGAGCACUGCAAAAUCUUUAAUGCAUUAAAAAAGCUUAAAUGAUCACUAUAGUGCCAGGAAAACAUACUUGUUUUCCUGGCACUAUAGUGCCCUGAGGGUGCCCCCUCCUGCCGGGCUCUAGGGGAAGGAAGGGGUUAAACUUACCUCUUUCUCCAGCGCCGGGCGGGGGACUCUCCUCCUCUCCGCCUCCUCGGCUGAAUGCCUUCAGCCAGUCUCAUAGGAAAGCAUUCACAAUGAGACAGCCACUAGAGGCUGGAUUAACCCUAAUAUAAACUGCUAUGUUUAUAGAAAAAAGGGUUAAUGCUAGAUGGACCGGGCACCCAGACCACUUCAUUAAGCUGAAGUGGUCUGGGUGCCUAUAGUGGUCCUUUAAAUGUAAAUUAACAAAGAAAUACUAGAACACAUUGGCAUGUUUUGAAGUCGUAGUGUGGACUAUAAUGAAAUAUUAUUAAAUAUGAAUUUACUGAAAAGGAUAUACACACCUCCUGUCAAUGUUCACAAUUGCAAAUAGAAAUUCAGCCCUGACAGCAGUAGCAUUUUAGCAAUGGCUGCAUGUCUGCUACCAUGUAGAAUAGUAAUAAAUAAUAGAACUGAGAACAGGCAGUUGAAAGUUCUAUAGACAUAUACAUGUCAGCCUAAUUCACACUAAACUCUGUCACUGUUCAGGGAGUAUUUCAGAUGAUGCAGCAAACAACUUGUUUAUGUCCCAGACGAUCUAAAUGAAUUGGGGGGACAGAUCACUAAUAAGUAAUUUUUUCCUUCUCAUACGAAAAAAAGGUGUGCAAACUUUAAGUUAAAACCAUACCUCUUGGCUUUAAGGCCCCUCCCCAUACCUACCCAUCUCAGUUUCAGACUGGUCCAAUAAUUACAGAAGCAGGGCAUUAUUGAGCAGGAGAGAAAAACAUAAAGCCGGAGCCUGCUCUGCAUGAUCACAUUGAUCAGUCUCCCUCUCUUCUCACGUUGUCAUAAUGUUGCAAGGUGAAGAGAGAUUGGCACAGAUCUAAAUUUGUUACGCAUCCCUAAUGCAAUUUUCCAGCAUUCCUAGGGAUAGGACACUGAUUGGUUAGAUAAAUGUGCCUCCUGGAGUGGGUGUGUAACGCCUAAGAAAGAUGAAGCUAAAGCUUUUGAAUGAAACCGUUGUCUCAAAGUUAUGCAUGUCCCUUUAACUGUGAUUACCUUUUAAGCCAGAUACUGCUGCGUAUGUCCAGGACAUCCCCAGAAGUUAUGUUGUAGGAGCAGGUUUGCAAUGGCAAGUAACUUCUAAACCUGGCUAGUAGCAUAGAACUUUAAACCGGUUUGAAAAUUCAUAAAAGGCCGUCUGGACGGGCCAGUUCUUAUUUUCUGUUACAGUCUGUUUUUAAGUAAGUGCAGAUUUAGAAAUACGGGAAACGCAAUGGAUUAAACAAUUUUCAUUAAUGUACAGAAAUUCUUUACUCAAUGUUCUUAGAGAAUUGUGUGCAAUGCAUAGACUAAACUGUAAGUAAAAUAUUUACCACAGUUCUGCACGUUUUUCAUAUCUUCACAUACUUUUGUGUUCUUGAGAGAUUGUGCAGUAGCUUAAUGCACCAAGUGUAGAACCAGUUCACAUCAGGGUCACAAGCUGUAUGUGAGCUACCCAAGCAUGUGGACCAUUCAUCCUUCCAUAUUCAAUAAAAUGAGUGUAACUGAAUUGUAGAAAAUCUAAUUGUCAACUGAUGGAGCAUUUGUUUACAUUUCAUUAAAGGUUUUGAAAAGUGAUUUUUGUGUGUAUGUCGUUCUUUUUCUUACACGCUCACAGCAUACAGCCAAUCCGCUUUCAGUUACAAGGAUCUCAAAUUAUAUUUGUUUUAUAUUCUACUGCGUCUAGGAGAAAAUGGAAGAACCAGAUCGCUUUGUAAUCCAUGUAACUGAAAGCUACCUGGUUGCGUGAAUGCUCAGUAGACAGCCAAGUGAGUGGGUCAGAUAACGGCCCAAGAUCUGUUAAAAUAGGUGUUCUCAUUGGGUGAAGGGGAGAUGGUGGCAAGGUUAGCUUCUCCUUAAUUCCUAUAGGUAACAUUACUGAACCCCAACAUACACAGAAGUAAGUAAUAUAAACCUUUCAAAAACUGGGAGAAAAACACAUACUGAGUUUUCAUUAAAUUCUGAGCGAUUUCAAUUAAGAUAGAUAAGAACCGUAUAUUCUAUAUAGAAAAAUAUGUAACAUGUUUUUCUGGUCACAAAGUGCUACAGAAUGUGUUGGUGUUGAUAUAAAAAAGUUGCAAUGUUUUGCAUCUUAUGUCUGUGCUUGAUCUCUCAUCUAGGUAAGCUCCCCAUUGAAGACCUCAACAUCAUAUCCACUGAACGAGUAUGAACCUCUGCCCAGUGGUUGCGAGGCACAUUGGGAGGUGGUGGAGAGGAUCUUAUUCAUUUACGCCAAGUUGAACCCCGGCAUCGCCUAUGUACAAGGCAUGAAUGAAAUUGUAGGGCCCGUUUACUACACCUUUGCUACAAAUCCCAACAGUGCGUGGAAAGGUGAGAUAUGACCGUUAGAAUGGGAGAGGAAACAUUCCAUUCCGUAUCUCUUGGAAACCCUUAGUAUAAAACAGGGAGAAUUAAACGGUAUUCUAUCCACUCCUGUGGAGCUUUAACGUGCAUGAUUUUUCUUUUACCAGCUUCUAAAAUGGCAUCAAACAAAACUCAAACAUACAGAUCGUUACGAUGUGUAUGUUGAUAAUGUUAACAUUGUCUCAUCUUCCUUUCACAGAGCACGCGGAAGCAGAUACUUUUUUCUGCUUCACUAAUCUGAUGGCAGAAAUUCGUGACAAUUUUAUCAAGAGUUUAGACGACUCACAGUGUGGAAUAACUUCAAAGAUGGAGAAGGUCUAUGCAACUCUGAAGGAGGAUGAUGAGGAGUUGUACCUAAAACUGGUAAGGGUUUCCAUGCUGCUGUUUUGCCAAACUGUCUUUGCUGUACCUAACUUUAAACAAUGAAGUUACAAAUUCAGCUUCAGGUAGGUAUAGAAAUGUCAUCUCUACAUUGUGGUAUUUCGAUUAUUUCCAGGAAGAGAAUCACAUAGAGUAAAAUAAUCCCUACAUUUACAUCAUAACUUCAAAAUGGGAAAAAUAAACAAAGCAUAGAGGUCAAGAAAAAGGGAGAUUUUAUUACACAAUAAAAAGUGUGAAUACACUUUAAUUCAAUUAUUAGCAGAGUUGUAUUGUUGACGUAUUCCAAGAGCAUUUCUUUGUGAAACCUAAUUCGAAUGUAUCACGUCUUUUCAGCAAGAACAAAACAUAAAGCCCCAGUUCUUUGCUUUCCGGUGGCUGACCCUACUCUUCUCCCAAGAGUUUGUGCUUCCUGACGUCAUCCGAAUUUGGGAUUCUCUGUUUGCUGAUGAGGAAAGAUUUGACUUCCUCCUUAAUGUUUCUUGUGCAAUGCUGAUGUAAGUAUUUUGUAUUAAAGGGACACUAUAGUCACCUAAACAACUUUAGUUUAAUGAAGCUGUUUUAGUGUACGGAUUAUGCCCCUGCUUAAUUCACUGCCAUUUAGGAGUUCAAUCACUUUGUUUCUGUUUAAGCAGCACUAGCCACACCUCCUCUAGCUAUGAUUGACAGAGCCUGCAUUAAAAACAAAACUGGUUUCACUUUCAAUCAGUAAUUUACCUUAAAUAAUUGUAUCCCUUGCCAUGUAAAUUAAACUUUAAUCACAUACAGGAGGCUCUUGCAUGGUUUAGCAAGCUAUUAACAUAGCAGUGAAUAAAAAAAAUCUAAAUUAAACAGAACUUGCAAUAAAGGAAGGAUAAACUUUACAUGACUUUUUACAGGAAGUGUUUAGGAAGGCUGUGCAGUCACAUGCAGGGAGGUGUGACUUGGGUUCAUAAACAAAGUGAUUUAAGUAGUGAGACUGCAGGGGCAUGUUCUAUGCACCAAAACUGUUUUAUUAAGCCAAAGUUGUUUUGGUGACUAUAGUGUCCCUUUAAAGAACGGCAGACUAUUGUUUGAUAAAUCCUUUGUUUAUAAAAUUGUUUGAAAUAAACGAACAUCAAUUAUGGGAAUGAUCAGUGGAAUUUAAUUUCAGUGUUCUACUUUCAGUUGUAUUUUAUUUAAUAAGACGCUCAUGAUGCGAAAUAGAGAAGAGGAGUUGUGAAGAGUUGCAACCUUCGAAUCUAACAAAUGAACUAAAAUGCAAAAAUAAAAUAACGUUGAAAACGUUAAUAUUGUAAAUCAUCCAACUUGUUACUAACUCCUGACAUAGAGUACAUUCAUAUAAAAAAAAUAAAGGGAACUAUUUAAAAAUUGUAAUUCACUAACGAUAAGUUAAAGUUAAUUGUUUCAUGUUAAUCUGAGUAUUUCAAGACAAAGUGAACAAAUUGCUUCAUUAGCGAAAAAAUAUAAAACCUCUUACAUGUGCAAAAACGAGAGGUAAGUGUGCGAUCGGUUUGCAGUGAUUUUUGUAAAAUGCUGGUAUGUUAAUCAACAGGAACAGGAAGGCACUUGCAUUCUAAACUACACAAGGAUCAUAUGUUGUUAGGAGUGUUCUUAGGCGGCCAUAUAAAAAAAAAAUGGAGAUGAUGUAAACCUUUUCUUUUUUCAUGUGGAGUAGAGUUGGUACAGACUUUUCUGGCGCUCGCGUCAACAUCCGCAUAAUAUUGUAAAUAAUUGAGCUGCGUAAGGAAAAAUUAGAAACUGCAGUAAAUAAAAUGUAAAUCUCUGCAUGCAAGAAUCCAAUGCUUAAAUUGGUUUACGUAGUUAAUCUUCAACCAAAAGAUAUCAGAAGGGAACAGUUAAAGGAACACUAUAGGCUCAGGAACACAAACCUGUAUUCCUGACACUAUUGUGAAAACCCACCAUUUAGGUGGGUUGCCCUCCCCUCCCACCAGCUCCCUCAGAAUGGGUUAAAAAACGCCUUAUUUCCAGGUCUCCACGGGUCUGCUGGCGCUGGCCCCGCCCCCUUCAUGACAUCAUCAAAAUAGCAGAUUUUUAGCCAGUCCAAUGCUUUCCCAUGUAUGACAAUAAAAUCCACAAGGGGGCGGGGCAAAACACAGUUUUGGCCAAUCAGCACCUCCUCAUAGAGAUGCAUUGGAUCAGUGCAUCUCUAUGAGGAAAAUUCAGCGUCCUCAUGCAGAGCGUGGGGACGCUGAGCCAGGAAGCCCCUCCAGUGGCCAUCUAAGGAAUAACCACUUGGAGGUGUCCCUAGGGGCAAUGUAAACACUGCCUUUUCUCUGAAAAGGCAGGGUUUACAUGAAAAUGCAUGAAGGGAGCUAUUAUAUUCACCAGAACAACUACAUUAAGCUGUAGUUGUUCUGGUGACUAUAGUGUCCCUUUAAUGAUAACCAGCUGUAGCACGUGUUAACACGCUUGUGUAUUUUAAAACGUAUUUAAUGCAUAGCAGCAAAGAACUAAACUGUCAAUGUUUCAAUACUGGGUCCCUCAUUAAGACCUCUUGAUAAUAGUGAGAUGGGUGACGUUUGCCAUGUCUGAUCUGCUCUUUUUUUCCGACAGAUUAAUCCGCGAUCAGUUAUUAGCAGGAGACUUUACAGUGAACAUGAGGCUGUUACAGGUAAUUGCAUUCUAAUAUGUAUUCUAUUUAUUAGGUGGGUUUUUUUACACAGCUUAUAGGUGAAUUACAACAUUUUUUAAUUUUUUUUUUUAUAUGAGGGAUUGUAGUAAUAUCUGCAGAGUGUAAAAUUAAUUAAUUCCAAACUACUUAAAAAGUAGAACAUAUGUAAUAAUACUCCGUAAUAAGGGAUUUAUGUCACUUUAUAAAUCCUAUAGGAAGCCUUUCAGGUAACGUAGUCUUCCUACAGAAAGACCUGUGACAGGUCGUGGUUCUAUGAUUCUGAGAAUAGAGAAUCCAUAUUUCAAAAGAAGACAUGUUUCACUACGAUAGAAUUUAAAUUAAAUUAGGUACAGUGCAUGAUGGGAAAGAUGCCUUGCUGUCAUGCCUGUGGUCUAUGAGACCAUAACUUGCUCUCAUGGUGGGGGAGGAAUAGAUGAAGUUCAAUAUAUUCAGUAUGCUGGUGGUUUCCAGACUGUGACAUCAUGAUUAUCUAUUAGCGUCCAGUUGUGCUGUGCUUCUCACAUUCUAGAAUUGCUGUCCGUGUCUGAUUUAACAAAUCAGUCUUAUAUAUACAAAAAGUGCCAAAGAGACUGUGAUUGUGGGAGCUUCCCCACCUUUCUGUGUUUAUGUAUAAUUGCUUGAGACUUGUUUAUGUGUAGCACUAUCCUAUGCUAGCAGUUAAGUCAAUGAAAUUAAAAAAACUGAUAAUCAACUUUAUUUAAAACUUUAAUAUAUAAUUUGAACGUAGUUUAGCUGUAGACACACACACACACGACUGUCUUGAUCAAUUUAGCUGUAGUAUUGCUCAUGUACACAGGUACAAAGUAAACUUCAUGUAAUUACAGGGACACUUGGCACUAUAACAAUUUAUUUUGUUAAAGUGGUGGUAGUGCCUGGGGACCGUUAAACACUGAAUGAUGGUCAUUGGCUGCCCAUUACCAGGUCUGAAAUGAAGGUAUGGCUAAGGCAGAGAUUACAGUCUGUAUAGUUAUAUUGAUUAAAACCAGCAAUAGGUGGCUGAGAUUGGCUUCCAUCAGCUACCAUCAGACUCUCUCAUUAACCCGAGCAGCAGAGAAAUGGACUGCUACCGGCUACUUCCGUUUAGAGUUCAAACAUUAAAAAACCAUUUAGCAUUGAGCAGAAGGACGGCCCUAGGGAGCUCCAGGCACUGUGAUUACAUGAGUUGAAGUAUGCGUGUCUUUAAGUAUACAUGUUAAUUGAUAUGCAUGUAGUUCUUUCAUAAUUUCUUAUCUUCAUGUUUUCCAUAUCAAUAGCACGUUUAUCCAUUUUUUUUUUUUCUCUUCAAUCACUGCAGGAUUACCCUCUCUCAGAUGGAGAUGUUCUACCCAUUCUGAAGAAAGCCAAGGAACUACGGGAUUCAAAACCAAACUUAUGAAGAGGAUAAUAUCUAAACACUCCAGAGGGACACGUGUAUAAGACUGUACUCUGCCUUCCAGCUAGCCUAUUCACAAUGCACCUUGGAAAUAUGUAUAGGCUGUGCUCUGUGUUGGUGAUCCGAACACUAACUACUCUAAGUCCCUAAAUGGGAACAUGAAUUUUUGCUGCACAAAUCAACUGGCACACAACUGCCUGCCUGGCAAGAUCUGACUUGCUUUGGACUUUUCAUUUAUUGGCAUGUUGUAUUCUAUUCUCUAUCAUGGAAGUUGACAACAUUCCUAAGGUUCUAUCAUAUUGUAGUCUGGUGACAGCACUGUCCCACCAUACGCACUCCAAUCAAAGCACCUGCAACUUCACACUACUCCGUUGAUAUGGGCUGUUCUGUGUAAAGGAUCAACCUCAGGAUUCUCUCCAAGUACUAAGGCUAAUGAACUGGAAUCAUCGUGAGUUCACACGUGCCUAUACUUUUUGUGGCCACAGAUGCAUUGUUAGGCAAUGCAAAGUGUGCUUGCUUGGAUAUUUCAGGAGUUAAACUUCUUGUAUCAUGACUGUUACCUAUGUAUUGUAGCAUUGCACGUCUGAAGGGAACCCUAAAACUGCCUCUCUCCUCAGGGCUCAGUACUUUAGUUGAAUAAGUGUUUAAUUGUGCUGUUUAAUUAUCCUUUAGUGCAUUCAAAAUAGAUUACCUUUGAUUGUCAACUGGGCCAGUUUAUUUUAUAUUUCUGAUUUAAUUUUUUGUAAUGUUUUAAUACAGUGUGGAGAAAAUGUUUAAAGAAAAAAAACUUUUUAUUGUGGUUAUAACCUAGAGGUGAUGUCACAAUUGUAUUUUUAAUGGGGAUUUCUAAUUAUUAAUCCUAAUAAACACUCUUCAUGCCUGUGGUUUUGGUAAUUAGCUUAACAAACUUGUAAUGCACAGCACCAGUUUGAAUAAUUAAUAGUCACAUUUAUUAUAGUUUUCCUUUAUUUUAAUGAUUAAUUAUCCCAAUCAAAUCCUCCUGUGCUCUUACCUCCGCCAGGCCGUCUUCUUAUAAUAGUGCAUCCUGCUGCCAUCUCUCCCCUGGAUAAACGAUGCAUGUGCACCGGCUAUCCACAAAGAUCUAAAAGAAAACAUAAUUCAUCACACCCGGCAACCUUUUUUCCAUUGCUAUGGUCUAGUUCUGAUACUCAUGUUCCUGUUGAAGGUGCUUUUGGCAGUGGAUACAGGUCACCGUGGGCACUCUGACCAGUCUGCUGCUACACAGCCCAAUAUGCAUCAAAUUGCGAUGCAAUGUGUGUUCCGAGACAACCUUUCUAUCAAUUCCAGCAUUUUGCUUCCAGAAAUGUGAGCUACAGUAGCUAUUCUGUGUGAUCGGACCAGACAGGCUAGCCUCACUCCCUAUGCACAUCAAUGAGCGCUGGCCUCCCUCAGCGUUGCCUCUUACUACUCCUCGUGUGAUGUUAUCCUGGAAGUGUGCCUUCAGGAUGAUGAUGAUCCGAUCCAAUGCUCCUCAUAGAAAAGCAUUGGGGAUAAUAGGUGCAGAUUAUUCUCUAUGCACUGCACAUGUGUGUAUGUGACAUCACAGUAUGCCUGGGUAUGAGAGCAGGUAAGUAACUAUUCUGGCUCUUCUAUCCACAGGGCCUAGAGGUGUUAAUAAGCAUCCAUGGAUAGAUUGCUUCUUAUUAUGCAAGUGAAAAGAAAGCCACUUUGGCAUUGCAAACUUGAUGGCAUUAUUCACUGGGCACUGCAUGGAAGUAAAUUGAAAACUGAUUUAGAGAAAUUAAUCAACUCUAUUACAAUCAUAUUUUGAAUAUCGUCAUUUUUGAAAAUAUAUUUUCAAUUCACAUAAUUCACUGUUUAGUAAAUAAUGUGAAACUCAAUUCACUCAACAGCAAACUAUGGUUAUUGGGUAAUUAUCAAGAAAAAUAUGGUUCCAUACAACAGUUUGGGGGGGAAUGACUACAUGCCAUUUUAGCAUGUAUUCACAAUUAAUGAGAGCUGUAGGCUGUGUAAUAAUAAUAAUAAUUAAUGAGAGUUGUAGGAACUGUGUUAUAAUAAUGAGAUAUAGGCCCUGUGUAAUGACUGCCAGGCGGGGUGGGGCCUCCAUUAAAUGUAUUUAUUAAUAAUAAUUAAUGAGAUGUAGGCCCUGUGUAUUGAUUGCCAAGCUGGGUGGGGCCUCCAUUGAAGGUAUUUAUUAAUAAUAAUUAAUGAGAUAUAGGCCCUGUGUAACGACUGCCUGGCUGGGUGGGGCCUCCAUUGAAGGUAUUUAUUAAUAAUAAUAAUUAAUGAGAUAUAGGCCCUGUGUAACGACUGCCUGGCUGGGUGGGGCCUCCAUUGAAGGUAUUUAUUAUUAAUAAUAAUAAUUAAUAAGAUAUAAACCCUGUGUAAUGACUGCCAGGCUUGGUGGGGCCUCA